GCCAGACGGGGGUACUGACGGGCCCCUCCCCUCUACGGUCGGGCCGGACGGCGUCGGGGGUGUGUGGCCCCGCUGGAGGCGAGGCGCCUGCUUAGGGAGGGGCGAGCGGAGGCGGGUCGCACGUGGGAGGCGGGGUCUGGAGGGCGGGGCUCGCUCGGCGGGGCGGGGCCGAGCCGGGCAGACUGUUGGGGCCCCGCGUCCCGCUCCCAUGGCCGGCCCCGGCUCCCCGCGCUCCCCCUGUUCCCCCGGGCCGCGCCCCGGGGCCCCGCACUGACCGGUCCAUGGCGCCGCCCGCCGCCCGCCUCGCCCUCCUCUCUGCCGCGCUGGCGUUGGCCGCCCGCCCCGGACCCGAACCCGGCCUCGGACCCGGACCCGGACCCGGACCCGGACCCGGACCCGGACCGGCGCCCGAGUGUUUCACGGUCAAUGGAGUCGACUACAGGGGCAGGCAGAACUGGACGGCGCUGCAUGGAGGGAAGACCUGCCUCUUCUGGAACGAGACCUUCCAGCACCCGUACAACACUCUGAAGUACCCCCAUGGGGAAGGGGGCCUGGGAGACCACAACUACUGCAGGAAUCCGGAUGGAGAUGUGAGCCCCUGGUGCUACGUGGCCGAGCACGAGGACGGCGUCUACUGGAAAUACUGCGAGAUUCCGGCUUGUCAGAUGCCGGGAAAUCUUGGCUGCUACAGGGACCACGGGAACCCCCCUCCCCUGACUGGGACCAGUAAAACAUCCAACAAGCUGACGAUCCAGAACUGCAUCAGCUUCUGCCGCGGUCAGAAGUUCAAGUUCGCUGGGAUGGAAUCCGGUUACGCUUGUUUCUGUGGCAACAAUCCCGACUACUGGAAGUACGGGGAGACGGCCAGCACCGAGUGCAACAGCGUCUGCUUCGGGGACCACACCCAGCCCUGCGGCGGGGACGGCCGGAUCAUCCUCUUCGACAGUGAGUGUGCCCGGGGCCGGGCAGCUUUGGACAGGAAUGGAAGGGCCGAGCCACAGGGUGCCCGCCCCGCCGCCUACCGGCCUCUGACAGUCCUCCGGGGCCUCCCGGCUCCCCUUCCCAGGCCUGCACUGCCCCUUCUCUUGGGAGCCCGGGCACUUCCCAGAAAGUCUGCCAGCUCGCCCACUCCCUGCACCCUCCCCUUACUGAGCAGGGGGAGCCCAGAGCCAAACAUGACUGCCAACUCUCAGGUGCUGGGCAAGGGCGGUCUCCAGGUGGGGGAACAUGGGGGGGGCGCUGAGGCAGCUCCAGGGGGCCCUGGGGGGAGACUCCCUCUGGCCUCCAGGAGGCGCUGCCGCGGGGAGGGAGGCGGCCCAGAGAACCCCUCGUGUCUGUGCUUCGGCAGGGCCCAGCACGUGGCCGCUCCCGGGGAGCUGAGGGACCGCCACCAGCCCGCGCCUCCGGGGGAGAUCUGGAGCAUCUUCUACAAGCCCGCGGCCUCUGUCUCCAUCUUCAAGAAGAAGCUUAAGAGCCAGAGCCAGCAGGAUGACCGCAACCCCCUGGUGGGGGACUAAGGAGGCUCCGGGCCAGUCUCUGUCCUUGGCCCCGGGCCUCCCCCAGCCGGUGACGGGGCAGCAGGCCCGGGGCUCGUCCCCCCGGUUAUUUCCCGCCCUCCUCACUCACAGCUGCACCCACACCCAAGGGCUGGGGCCCCCAGUUAACCUGCUCGGGGAAGGGCCUCCUGUCUCAGCGGCCCAAGAGGAGCCGUGGGGGGCCCUCUGUGGCCGAGCCUGUGCCCAGGCCCGAGGCCCGCUCCUUCCCCCGGGCCGGGAGUGGGCGGCCCAGGCCGUCCUGGCAGCGUUUGCCGUGACUCUGACUUCCUGGGCCUGUCUCGGAGGGAGCUCGAGGAGCGGGCGGCCCCGGGAGCAGAUCCAAGGCCGCCCGUCUGCGCCGUGAGACCCGGGCAGGCCCCAGCCCGUGGAGGCCCCCGGAAUUCCUGCCCCGGUUGUCCAGGGCUCCCCCACCCCCGGCGUCCCAUCCCUUCCCCCUCGGGCCCAAAGGGGGCGUCCGGAGCAGUGACCGGCACAGGCCCCUGGGCCCCGGCUGCCCCGGGCUGGGACGGGCACUUUUUGCUCGGGCUGUCGCUAUUCCCGAGGCUCCAAGGCCACUGGGGAGCGUCCCCCGCGUCCCCGGCAGCUGAGAGCUCCCGCCUCCCUGGGGCCCGGCAUUCUGAGGGCGUCCGGCCGCUGGCAGCUGUCUGGGGAGGGGCGUUGCUGCUUGGCCCCUUCUGGUUCCGAGUGCUGUGCAUGCCUCCCAGAGCCCCCGGGCCGCUCCCCGGCCAGUCCCUCCCAGGCCUGUGGUGGAGGCAAAGAACAGCUGGGCCCCAUCUGCCGUGGGGUGGUGGCCCGUAACCCGAGUCGGGGGCUCAGGGGAGAGGAAGGGCUGCGGGCGCAGGGGCCGGACGCCUCACCCACCGGGGGCCGCGGCUUUGCUGUAGGGGCACGUCUCGGUCUGGUCCCGGGGCCCGCUCUGGCCCAGCACAGACGGGCAGGAGCCAGGGGUCCCCGGGGGGGGCAGCCCGCCAAGCAGGGCCCCCCCGGCCCAUCCCCGGGCUAUUCUUGGUGCUCCCGGGAUGGCCCCACAACACUGGGGCAGGUGUGGGCCACCGGCCCGGGCCGAGAAUAGCCCCACUUAGGCCAGGGCCUUCACCUUGGCCAGGGUCUCAUCCCGGGAGCAGCUGCCGAGCUGGCCCUGAGGAAAACGCCCCCAGCCCCAUCACCCCCCGCACAGGCCCAGGGCAAGAGGCUCGGGGGGGGGCAGCUAGGACCCCCUGCCAGCCCAAAACAAAUAUACAAUUGGGGUGGGGGGGUCUGGAAGCCCGGGUCCGGGAGCUCAGCCUUUUCAAGAACUGCUUCCCAAGGAAGGACGGGGCCCAAACACAAACCAAAAGAGCCUUAAAAUCCCAGGAACACAGGGGAGUGCCCCUGGUGCCUUCUCAGGAAGGAUGGGGUGGGCAAACUGCCCUCCCAAUGAUGCAUCAACUGGCCCCCAGCUCCCCUAGGAGGCUGCAGGAGAGGGACGACCCAUUAGCCCCCCCUCCUUGCCAUCCCUCCCCUCCCCCUGUGGAGCCCAGGCCUGUUUCCCAUCCAUGUCCCCUCUGGGACCCCCCGGGCCCUCCACCUGUGGAGCAGAGUGGCCAAAGACCCAGGAGAGAAAAACCGGACGUUGUUUUCUGGCUGUAACAGAGCCCCCUCUCCAAGAGAGGGGCGCCCGGGGGGGGGGGGGCUCUGAGUCUCUCCUGCCUCUGGAUCUGGCCUCUGGGAGAUGGAGCUCGGUUUGUAAAUACGCCCUUAACGGGCAACUUCUGGGGGAGAUGGGAACGGCGGGGCCGGAGGCGGGGCCGCCGCGUGACACUGUCUACGAUUUAAUAUAUAUUUUUAGGAAGUUUGUUAUUUAAGAAAAUGCCGCGUGCUUGUGCUCAGCCGGACGGAAAGAGAUGUUAUUUUGCUGUCUGGAGAAAAUAAAUGUUCUCAUUGGUGUAAACCAG